AUGGCAUCCAUGCUUUCUUCCGUAGCCCGUUCCGCCGCUACUAGGGCAGCACGAUCGAACGCUGCUUGUCAUAUCGUAGUUCGUCCUAUGGCAGGAUCUGCAGAAUCUCGAACAUCUGCUCUUGGCCAACUUGAUAGUAUUGAAAAGCUAGAAUCUCGUUGGUUGGACCAAGUUCCAGUAAAGGAUAAUGUAGAAUUCACCGUUUCCAAGGUCGAUGAUUUGGUCAAUUGGGCUCGCAAGGGUUCGUUGUGGCCCAUGACUUUUGGUCUUGCGUGUUGUGCUGUGGAGAUGAUGCACGCUGCAGCUUCUCGAUAUGAUAUGGAGCGUUUUGGUAUGGUCUUUCGAGCAUCUCCCCGUCAAUCCGAUGUCAUGAUUGUCGCUGGUACCCUCACCAAUAAGAUGGCACCCGCUCUGCGCAAGGUGUACGAUCAAAUGCCCGAACCGCGCUGGGUCGUUUCCAUGGGUUCUUGUGCAAAUGGAGGUGGUUACUAUCACUACUCUUACUCAGUAGUCCGUGGAUGUGAUCGAAUUGUUCCAGUGGAUAUCUAUGUUCCUGGAUGCCCUCCGACUGCCGAAGCUCUUCUUUUCGGUUUGCUUCAACUUCAAAAGAAGAUCAAGGGUAACAAGAGUCUAUUGCUAAAGAUGAGAAAGUAA